UUCCCAUUUUCUCGACCAGAAAGGUAGGAAUCGAAACUUAGAGAUAGGCUAUGGGCUAAUCCACAACACGAUCUGAAUCAGUAGGUUUAAGAUACAGACCUGAGGAAGAUUUAAAAGUAAACAUGAAUCAUGACAAGGGAUAUACCCUCCUGGGACCAAAAGGUGCCAUGCCAAAAUGGAAAGAAUGCUGUGGACUCAUCAAAAAAUGGUGGAAAGAAGUAUUAGUCAGCUUCAUCUUCAUCCUCGCCAUUGCAGGAUGGAUCAUGUUCGCUGACUUUAAGAGUGGGACCUUGGAGAGAGAGAAACAACUCCAGGAGGAGGCUCAUAACCACCUCACAAACAUCAUACAAGACAUGACAGCUCAGGCAGAGAAGAAUGUAUCAGAUUGCAAGAGAGAGUCAGCAGCAAGAGAGAGGAAGAUUAGGGAGGAGGCUUACAAGAGAGAGAGACAACUACGGGAGGAGGCUUACAAGAACCAGACUAAAAUCAUAGCAGUCAUAACCGCUGAGGCAGAGAAAAACAUAUCAGAUUGCAAGAACGAGUCUGCAGCAAGAGAGAGGAAGAUUAGGGAGGAAGAAGAAAAGAAGGCCUUGGAGAGAGAGAGAGAACUGAAGGAGCAGUCUGAGAAAACCCUUUAUGCGACCAUGCAAGAGAUGACAGUGCAGGCUGAGAACAUCACAGCAAUGGCAGAGAAAAAGCUCAAUUCAACAGUAAACCAGAUGAGAGAAGAUGCUGAAAAAACCUUGAAGGAGAAAGUGAAGGAUAUACAACAAGAGGAGGAGAAAAAGAGAAUUGACGGGGAGAGGAAGAUACAAGAAGAGGGUUUGAUGAAGCUCAGUGAAAGAGAAAAAGUUGUCAGAGAGGAGGAAGAGAGAAAAUGGCAGGAGAAGGAAAAGGAUGUGAGAGAAGAUGAAAAGCAAAAGAGAAUCAACAGUGAAAAGAACAUCAGAGAAGAAAAACAACGACUACAAGACGAGAUAGAAAUGCUUAAAAACGGGGAAAGCAUGUCUCUUUUUAACACAGAUCCUAUGCCUAUUAUACUCAUUGCAGUUGGAAUAUGUCUGUUGGUAAUAUCUUUUGUCAUUAACAUUUGUUUCAUUUGUAAAGCAUGUUAAAUAGCCAUGGUGUUAGAAAAGUGCUUUAUAAAAAGAGUUACCUUGACUUAACUAGGGUAUACAGCAGGGCCGGAGUGGGGCCUCUUUUCAGCCCGGGAAUUUCAGGCCCAAUACCGGCCCACUUUUCCCAUGGUAGUGGAAAUUGGAUAAAUUAAGGCCCCGUACACACGUAGCCAGGUAUCUGCUUAACCGAAGGUAUUUGUCUACGUUUGGACCUGUCAUCCACAUGACAACGCAUAUAAACAAAUGUUUAAAAAGACUCUGGGCAAAGUGAAGAUCUGCGAAUUCUCUGUUUAUAAAUUGCCGCGUAGCCAGAGAUAACCGGAGAUCUGCGGUUUCGAACGCUAGAAUAUGCGCCAAAACAACAACAAAUCUGCUCUGACGUCAAACAUGCGACCUUUGUUCACUGCAGAAGCAUGGAUCUGUAUAAGCUCAUUUUAUAAGCGGAGGGGGGGGGGAUAUUCGGUUUUAAAAAUACCCGGCUACGUGUGUGUAGCCUAAGCAACAGUUCAGCUCUUACUAUCCUGUAUUUUUUUCUUAUCAAUACCAUGGCUCAACAAAUAGCCUAAUGUAGGUUAAAUAAUAACCUGAGAAGUUAACAAACAUAUUCCACUAUCCCAAGGUUGAUAAAUUAACAAAAGCAGAAAUACAUUUGAAUUUGAAACGUAUUCCACUCUUCAGCAGAAAGGCAUAUUGAACUAAUGUUUACAGUUCAAAUCCCAGUACAGUAAAGUUACACAGUGAAUAGCAACGGCAUGUACAGGAGCAGACAUCCAUGUGGCCGAUGGACGUAAAAUGUAUCCAAAUUCACAUUUAGCCUAAUUGCUCACAGAGUACUUAUCACAAAUAAAUAGAUAUCGUGGAAGAGCUGGACUUGCAGUAGGCUUUCAAACGUAGCAGCUAGGUGCUGUGAUAAACUUAACGAAACAUAACGUUGAUUAUUCAGUUUAAUCAUAGGCUAUAUCCAUUGUGCACACAGAGCUUCAUCCACCUCCACACCCAUUACUCUCGGUGGUAGCCUAUACCUCACAAACUCUAGUCAACACAUAGCUAACCAUAUAUCAAAAUAAACAGCAGACCUUAUCGGACACGAGUAUAUGAAGCAUUCAUCUGUACAAUACCCUGAUCCCGAGUAAGCCGGUUUUGAAACUGCAGCAAAUUUCUACAUGUUAUCCAACUUCGGGCUAAAUUAUUAUAUUAAGCUUCCAUUCUAAUAGCAGCCCAACAGUAAUGAACUUGCUUUCUAAGUCAAAGUCUAAAUAAAAGUUUAAUAGGCAUACAUCAUGACUUGUUGUAACAGAGGUAAAUAUCGUAGCAAAUAGCCUGGUGAUGAGACAGCUUAGACAUGUAUUUCACACUCGCUGGAGACCCUGGUGCAUAGUUGCGGUACCGGUACUGCUAUCGGUAGCCUAUCUGAGAAAUCAUAUUUUGGAAUAUGGACCCAACCAACUCUAUUUUGGGAGGGGAGAACUCCCUCGCAUGGUAGGCUACAGCCCAUGCAGAGGCUGCGGUGUCAGAAUGCGGAACGUCUGUAGCCUACUUUAAGAGAAGAUGGACUAACGUGACAAAUGUAAAAAAAUAUAAAAAAUUCUCGACCGGCCCAAAAGUGAAGCGGCCCACCGGGAAAUCUCCCGAUUCUCCCGAUUACCCACCCCGGGCCUGGUAUACAGUAUGUAGAAUUACAUUAACCUUUUGUGUAGGUGUGUAUUUAAGGUAGGGUAUACAGUAUGUUGAAUUACAUGUGUGUAUUAAAGGUAGGGUAUACAGUUUGUAGAAUUACUUGAACCUUUAGUGUAGGUGUGUACUUAAGGUUGUGUUACACUUGUAUUCUUGCCUUGGCCUAGACAUACAGCACAUUUACUUUUUAGAAGUGCAUACUAUUUUUGAGGAUAUUAGAAUUUCUUGUGGAUAGUAUUUUUAAAAAUGUAGAAAUGAACUCAUUCAUAUGUAUUAUUAUUAUUAUUAUUAUUAUACAAUUGAUU